AUGAGCAUAAACACUGAAAAUCCUUAUGACGACACAAACCACGUCAAUCACUUCGAGCUAUCGGCUGUAAGCGAAGAAGAAGCUGAUGAUUUAUUAGCUCGAUUUUUCUUAAAUCAACCUCAAGGUUUCUUCAAAAAACCAAUUGACAUCGCAGUAGCAAUUAAAUCAGCAUACUAUCAUCAUUUAUCUAUUCACAAAUCAAUGAAAACAACACAGCCUAAAUCAGUUGUUUCAAAAUUUGCGGCAAACCUUUUCAAUUAUUGUCCUGAUCUUCAUCCUUACAUAAACCAAAUACCUGAAAUGUUCCUUCAGCUUCGUAAGUCACAUCAAAAUUUAUUAACUUGCGGUGCAAUUUGCCUGAACAAAGACUUAACAAAAGUCUUAGUCAUUGCCCAUACAAUCACUCCAAAUCAAUUUGCUUUCCCAAAGGGCAAAAUAGAUGAAGGAGAAACUCCUUUACUAGCUGCAAUUCGUGAAACAGAAGAGGAGGCCAAUUUCGAUGUAUCUCCUUAUAUUCUCGAAAAUUAUAGCUUCCGCUAUAAAAGAAAGAGUCGCGCUGAUGGAGUUUUCUUUUUUGCUACAAAUGUGCCUGAAGUUGAACUCAAGCCAUCUCUUCCUGCAGAAAUCUGUAAGAUAGGAUGGGUAGAUAUCAACACUCGGAAAAGCGAUGAUGGCUACAGUUGGCAGCCAGAUGGACCAACAUCGUUGAUAUUAGAAGAUCAACUUCCUGCUUUUAUCGAAAUGCAAAAGUUGAAGAAUAAUAGUGAGUAUAUUAUUCAAUUGUAA